AAAUUCGUUUCGAUCAACAUCGUUAAUAGUUAUUCUAAUUAUUCUGCUUAUUUUUACAUUUUAUCGAUAUUUGUAUAUUGAUUACAAUUCGCAAGUAACACGAAUAAUGAGUGGGGAGGGAACUUCUUCGAAUUUCUUCAAAAAGCGUAUAAUUCAUCUUGACUUGAAAGGAGCAGCACCUCGACCAGAAUUUUUAUUUGAAUUAUUCCCCUUCUUUGCACGUCUUGGCUUUAAUGCUGUGCUUAUGGAGUACGAAGAUAUGUUUCCCUACACUGAUAAGCUAUCAAAACUUGCUCGGCAUUCUGCUUAUAACGCAACAACAAUUCAUCUAAUAGAAAAGGUUUGGUUAUUUUUUAUUGCAAAAAUUUAUUUUCAGCAUUUAAAUGAAAAUGGGUUGGAAUUGAUCCCUUUAGUGCAAACAUUUGGGCACAUGGAAUUUGUUUUGAAACAUUCAGAGUUUGCUUCGUUAAGUGAAAAUGUGUCUGAAUUUAAUACUAUUUGUCCCUCUAAUGAACGCUCAAUUUGGUUGAUACGGGAACUUCUGGCUCAGGUUUGAAUUUUGUUGAAA